AUGGGAGAUCCUUCCAGUCGUAAAAAUGAAAAAAACGAUCUUGCGUAUUCCAAGAAUAGGGUCGUCAAGGAGGAAAUCAUCGACGACGACGCGCACCUCCCCUGCUUCAACGGCCGAGUGGUGUCCUGGCUCGUCUCGGCGGAGGGCAGCAACGUGUCGGACGGGGCGUCCCAGUGCACGGACACGAUACCGCACCAGGACGUCAAGCACGUGGACAGGGUGGCCGUGAUGGACCACGUGACCCCGGGACACACGACGAGCAUGACGACGACGACGACGACGAGCAGGCCGCCCCUGCCGAUCGGCCACGAUGACACCAUGACCGAGACCGAGAGCAUCAUCAGCAGCCGGCAGGGGGGCCACCACCUUCACAAAUCCUCGCGACACCACACGGACAAGUACGAAAAGUACAAGUACAACGGGCUGCGCAUAAACGGCCACUCGAAGCAUCGGUCCGGCCUCGGCUACGAGUCAGCCUCGAUACUCAGCUCCGACUUGGAGACGACGACGUUCCUUGAGUCGGACGACGACGCGAGCAGCCGCAUCACCUCGACGACCGGUAGGCACACCAACAUGAGCAGUGCCGUCGACAGGGUGACGAUGGACCGGCGUAGGCCUCAGAGACGUAGGCGCCACAGGUUGCCACCAAUGUCGAGGACGUCCUCGUUCAGCAGUAUUACGGACAGCACGAUGUCCCUAAACAUAAUCACGGUCUCCUUGAACAUGGACACGGUCAAUUUCCUCGGCAUCAGCAUCGUCGGCCAGAGCAACAAGGGCGGCGACGGCGGCAUCUACGUUGGUUCGAUCAUGAAGGGUGGCGCGGUUGCCUUGGACGGUCGCAUAGAGCCGGGCGACAUGAUCCUCCAAGUGAACGACAUCAAUUUCGAGAACAUGUCGAACGACGAGGCGGUCCGCGUGCUACGCGAAGUCGUGCAAAAGCCCGGGCCGAUAAAAUUGGUGGUGGCCAAGUGCUGGGACCCCAACCCGAAGGGCUACUUCACGAUCCCGCGGACGGAGCCGGUGCGGCCGAUCGACCCUGGCGCCUGGGUCGCCCACACUGCGGCUAUCCGAGGCGAGGGCUUUCCACCCCGGCCGCCCAGCGCCACGACCAUCACCUCGACGUCCAGCAGCCUGGCCAGUACAUUACCGGACAACGAGUGGCCGUUCGACGAGCUGGAUCUGUCUGUCAACACCGACAUGGCUACGAUUGUGCGAGCGAUGGCCCGGCCGGACUCGGGCCUCGAGAUACGCGACCGCAUGUGGCUCAAGAUCACCAUACCCAACGCCUUCAUCGGCGCGGACGUCGUCGAUUGGCUGCACACGCACGUCAAGGGCUUUAUCGACAGGCGGGACGCGCGCAAGUACGCCUCCCUGAUGCUGAAGGCGGGAUUUAUCAGGCACACGGUCAACAAAAUCACCUUUUCCGAGCAGUGCUACUACAUAUUUGGGGACCUGUGCUCGGCGAUGAGCAACAUGAAGCUUGACUGCGACACUGUCGGCCCACUGCCGCCGCCCAGCGCCUGGGACAUGCCUUACUCGGGGACUUACGCGCCCCACGCGGCCACGGGCUACAGUCCCAUGCCCUUCAACUUUACGAACGAGCCCACGGUCUACGGCUACCACCGCGACGACAGCCUGCACAGCGGCUCAGAGCUGCAGAUGCCGGUGCUGACGGGCAUGCCCAAGAGCACGGCUACGACGAUAACGACGGGCGGAGGCAGCAACAACGGCAGCGGCUCCAACAGCAAGCGCUCCAACGGCAGCCGUAGCCGCAGCAGUGGCUCCGAGCAAUCGGUCCAGACUGGAACGGGAUCCGGAGGCGGUGGUGGUGGUGGUGGGAGCAACACCGGCAGCGGAGGCCCCGGACAGCAACAGCAGCAAGACCUAUCCGGUAGUAGACAGUCAUUUCGCAUCGCGAUGGGCAAUCCCUGUGAAUUCUUUGUCGAUGUCAUGUAG